AUGGCGCAAGUCACCGAUCAAGCGAGCUCUCUCUCCACUUGGAUUGCAACUAGCACGAUUCUCGACUGGCUGAAGCCGCCACGCGGUGAAGCCAUUGCUCGACUGCGAACAAAUGUGCUAGGAAUGUUCACCUUAGCCCUUCUCACUCAUCUACUUCCGCUACCCUCCCCAUGGAUUGCUAUUGCUAUACUCCGCGGGAAAGCGUCAUCCAGCAGUAUAUAUUAUAACUUAUGUGCUCUUGAGACACUCGUGCUGGCAGUACUCGCAUUCAACAUAGUGCAAGCGUCGUAUGCCUUGAGAUAUCCUCGUGCGAUACCCAAGUCUCGGCCACCCCCAUCUCCAGCAAGGAUGGUUCACACAUCGCCUCCACCACGGCAGUGGCACCUCAAGGGUCUGUCUCCAAAUUCGAGCCCUCAGCGACAAAAGUCAUUCUCAUACGCUUCGUCGCCAUUGUCGACGCCAUCACGAACACUCAGCUACACAAUUCCCCCGUCCAUCGCCACUCCACCUGAUUUAUCUUUCACGUCAUCAUUGGGUUCUGUGCCCGGCUCCCCUGCUUCUCCUCUCGCUGCGUACAGGGGCAAACAUAGCACUAUGGCCGGCCGCGCAUUCGAUGGCUCUCUUCUUAGUCGACUGGCACUUGAAGACUCCAGCGACGAAGAAUAA